AUGUUAAUUGCAGAUACGCAAUGUAGGUGGCAUAAACUUAACCCACAAAAGCAUGCUUAUAUGCUUACAGGAACCGAUGAACAUGGACUUAAAAUUCAGACAGUUGCAAGGCAGCAGGGAAUUGACCCAAAAGUUCUAGUAGACAAUGUCUCGGAGAACUUUAGAAGUUUAUGCGCCGAGGCAAACAUAAAGUAUGAUAGGUUUAUCAGAACAACCGAUGCCGAUCAUGUAGAAUUGACGCAAUUUUUUUGGAACUUGAUGAAAGAAAAAGGGUACAUUUACAAGGGGUCGCAUAGCGGUUGGUAUUGUGUAAGCGAUGAGACAUUUUACCCAGAAACAAGUAUAGAAGAGGUGGAGAGAAAUGGAAAAAUGGUUAAAAUCUCAAUGGAAUCAAAGAAUGAAGUUAUAUAUGAAGAAGAAACCAACUAUUUUUUCAGGUUGUCAUUGUUCCAAGAUAAGUUGAUUCGUUUUCUUAAGCAAAACCCAGAUUUUAUAAAACCAAGACAUAGAUACGAUUUCAUUUUAAAUGAACUUAUGAAUAGUAAACUAGAAGACUUAUCAAUUUCAAGACCGGCAAGCAGAUUGCAAUGGAGUAUUACUGUACCUGAUGAUGACACGCAAAAGAUAUAUGUUUGGUUUGAUGCCUUGCUAAACUACCUCACUGCAGCUGGGUUUCCAAAAGGUUUCAGUACCAAAAAGAACAGCAACAACAACAACAACAACAACAACAACAACAAUAAUAAUGAUCAGUUUGAAACCCCCGAGAACAACAUAUGGCCAGCAACUCAUAUUAUUGGCAAGGACAUAAUAAGAUUUCAUUGUAUAUAUUGGCCAAUCUUUCUCAUUGCUGCCGGUGUUGAAUUACCCCGGCAAGUCAUUGUGCACUCACAUUGGCUCAGUGACGGUGUCAAAAUGAGCAAAAGCUUGGGCAACGUAGUUAAUCCACUGGAUAUUUUGGAAUAUUACGGCAUUGAUCCAGUUCGCUUUUUCUUUAUGGAGAACUCAAACAUCAAUGACGACUGUAAAUAUAGUGACAAUCUUUUAGAUAUGUCUCGAGACUCCUUGAUAAAGAAAUAUUGCAACUUGCUUAGCAGAAUGAGUUUUGCCAAGUUUAGUAUCAAAGAGUCUGUUGAAUUUUAUCACAAGGGUGAAUUUCAAGACAUUGAUAAGGAAAUCACCAAUGAGCUAGGGGGCGAUAUGGCACAACUUGUACAAGUUUUGGAAUCUGACAUGAACCUGUUAUAUUCUCGAAUGGAUGAGAAAAUUUGUCAAUUUGAUUAUAUAAGGGCUGUACAACUAUGGUGGCUGGUGAUAAAUCAGGCCAACUAUCUCUUUCAAAAUGCGCACCCAUGGGUGUAUGCUAAAGUUAUUGAAGACCAAGAUCAGCCAGAGGACAUUAAAGAGAAAUCAAGGAAAUUGAUGAACUACUUUACAUUUGUUUGUUCCGAAACCAUCAGAAUAGCAUCUAUUUUAAUUCAGCCGGUCAUGCCUGAGUUGCUGACCAAGGUUUUGGACUGUUUGAGCGUUGAUGAAUAUAGGAGGAAUAGUGAUUUUGCAAGAUUUGGUGCAGACAAGAAUUAUGGCAAAGGGUCGAAUUCGGGAAAGUUUAAAGCGCCGUUAGAGAAAAAAGUUGCCCACUAA